AUGACACCUCAAUUGACGAUGACAACGACGACGACAACGACAACAACAACAAACACUAAUGAUAAUAAUAUCUCAAUACAACCAGAUAUACCUAAUAUAAAUAAUAUGGUUAAUAGUAGAGCUGAAAAUAAUGUCCCUUAUGAUCAGCCUCCUCCUGACUCACUUCAAUCCAUCCUCUCCAAUCAAUCUGUCUUUGAUUCUAUAAACAGCAAUCAUAACAACAACAAUAAUAGCAACAAUAGUAAUAGUAAUAUUAAUGUUGAUAUUAGCAACAUUCCCAAUGCAUAUAAUCCAAAUAUUUUUGACGCUAAUUUCAAGAUCACAGAUGAUAUAGACAUCUCGAAGUAUCUAUUGAGUCCCACGUUUGAAGAUUUAUUGUCCCCUAGAUCUCAAUCUCCACAAGCCAAUAUAGAUACAAAACCUAAUAUUGAUGAAUUAAUAAACAGUUCAAACAAUAGUAACGUUAUGACGAAUAAGUUUUCUAAUAAAUAUUUAGAUCUUACUCCAAAUCUAAUUUUUAAUGACAACAACAACAACAACAACAACAACAAUAAUAAUAAUAAUAAUAACAGAGUUAUUCCUUUCACAUUAGAAGAAGAAGAAUCUACUACUAAUUUGGAUGAUUUGCUUAAAGAUAUUACAUCAAAUAGUAAUAAUAACAAUAUUAUUAAUGAUAAUGAUCUUUUUCUAAAUGAUUCCUUUUUAAACCUAGAUAACAGUGUUAGAAGACAUAGCGAUGCAUUUUUAACCAAUAAUACUCUUUUACCUUCAAACAUGUCCACUUCAAGAGCCUCGAUAUCUCAUCAAUUUGAUAUGUGGAGUGGUUUGCAAAGGAACACAAAUAAAAAUAAUAUAAACAAAAAUAAUAGCGGCGCUAGUAACAGUACUUCACUGCGGAAAGUGGCAAGCCUAAAUAACAGUAGUAAUAAUAUGUUAUUACGUACAAAAACCAAUAAACAAGCAGACACAGAUAAUAAUAAUAAUAACAAUAACAACAAUAAUAAUAUACUCAAACCUAAUGAUAACUUCAAUUCUAAUAAUAUUAGUUUUAUUGACCCAUUCAACAACAACAAUAAUAAUAAUGGUAACAGAAGUAAUGGUAGCGGUAGAUCCAACUCUUCAGAUUUCAUUCGUCCUCUACAAAAACGCGCAGUCACAUCCAUUAAAUCUACAGAAAAUAUAUACCAAGUAUCAUCACCAAACAGUGAAAGACGAUACAGCAUAAGAAAGGCUCCAUAUAGAAGUUCAGUACCUACGAUUGAUAUAAACAUUUUAAAGGAAUUGUCAAAGUCAGCAAGAAUGACCCCAUUAAGUAAUGUGUCAUCAUCAAAUGAUAGAUUUUAUAAUAAUUUAGAUAAUUCCUUAAGUUCAAAUAAUUUAGUUUCGGUGCCAGCUUCAGUGUCCGAAACUGUGUCUCUCAGUAAGGAUACAUUCAAUAGUAUAUCUGAAUUACCAAACUCUGUUCAUCCAAACAGUGAAUCCGUUUAUGCAUUUGACAAUACCUUAAUUCAAUUAAAUAAUGGCCCAAUGAUUUCACCUUAUUCGAAUUAUAACAAUAACAGUGACUACAAUCACUCGCAUCUUUCACUACCACAAAGGACAACAAGGUCUGCAUCUGUUGUUGGUAUUUAUUCCAAUAUAGAAAAAUCUACACAUACACCACCUUUGCAGACGGUUACUCCAUCAUCGGUAAAAUAUACGAACAUCUCAAAUAACGCAUGUAUGGAAAAAAUGUCGCCAAUAAACAUGAAUCAACAACAACUACAAAUGAUACCUCCAUCACAAAUGAAUCAAAAUUUAAAUCAGUAUUCAAUUCCACAGAUGCCACAGUUUAUACCAGCUUCAAACAGGAUAAUGAAUGUAAAAAACAAUCCUUUAGUGGAACAACAACAUAUCGCAAACUUGCCAGUACAAACAAUUCCUCAGAAUACACCCAUGCCAUCUGAGAAUCAAAUAAGUAACAUUGAACCACACUUAAUAACUCCCCCAGGAAAUAAACGCACAUCAACAACUGCUGCUAAGCCUCAUAAUAAAAAUAAGAAGAAGAAUUCGGCAACCAAGUCAAAUAAAGAAAAGAUUUAUCAAUGUGAAUAUUGUGAGAAAUCAUUUAACAGAGCAGAACACAGAAAGCGUCAUGUAAGAUCGAUUCAUACCCAGGAAAAACCAUUUGUGUGCCAACUAUGUGAUAAGAAGUUUAGUCGGAGUGACAAUUUAAAGCAACAUAUUAAAGUUCAUAAGAAAUACGAAUCGGAAGAGAUGAAAAAGAUACAAUUGAACAUUUUAAAAGAUCCAUCUUUUACCUAA